AUGCCAAAAGGCACAAGAUCGAACGGAAGGCAUGUCGGGCUGGACGACUACCGGCCGCCAGAGGUGGGAAUUGUUGGUCGUUCAAGUGAUUCGUAUCAUUUGAAAUUUGAAUCGGAUCAGUCGAGUGAUUCGGUCAUUUCGGUCGUUUCGGUCAUGUAUCGAAAAUCGUUCUUAUCAUUAGGUCAAUCUCUUUUCUUUUCAAUCAACCGGUUUUAUGAAGAUUUGAUCCACGUUCGGUUUAUAAUAUAG